AUGGGUGGCUUCUUGGCCAUCGCCCGUUAUUUGUAUCUAAAAGUUCUCGUCACCUUUUCGCGCCUCCUCAUUAAACUCCUCACUGUGUCGCCAACUCCGAGACCUGACGACCUCUUACAAGUCCCCUCUCGCAACAAGCACCGCACCAUCAAAGUCCAUGUUUAUAAGCCACACGUCAAAGAUGCUGAAAGCGUAAAGCCCGUUCCCGUUCUAAUCAACUUAUGUGGCACCGGACUCGCCAUCCCUUUCCACGGUCUUGACGACGAUUUCUGCCGAUUUAUUGCCCGGACCACAGGCUACGUGGUGCUUGAUAUCGACUACUCUCUCGCUCCCGAGUCCCCAUUCCCUGCGGCUCUUCACGAUGUCGAGGACACCGUACACUAUGUGCUUGACCACCCGGAGGAGUACCAGACUUCCCAAAUCUCUGUAUCCGGGUUCUCAUCGGGCGGCACUCUCGCGCUGGCGGCCUCAACGACACUGCCCCGCGGAACGUUCCAAUCUCUUAUCGCGUUCUAUCCUGCGGCGGACCUUUCCCAAGACCCAAGUCUGAGGAAAGCUCCAGUACCGGGCGGAAAGGACCGCUCGCCCUUCUGGACGAGGAUCUUCCGAGAAUCGUAUAUCAGGGGAAUGGAUCCUCGCGAUCCCAGAAUCUCUCCCGCGUUUGCCGAUACGUCCAGAUUCCCGGCCAACAUGCUGUUCGUUACGGGCGAGUUGGACGCUUCGGCGGUGGAAGCGGAAGAGUUGGCUGAGAGAGCAAAAAACGACGGGCACGCUGACGGCAGGGAGGUCAUCAUUCGGAGGAUGAAGGGCUGCGGGCAUGCGUUUGACAAGAAACGCACCGGUGAAAUCGUGGUUUUGGCCAGAAAGGAGGCCUAUGAACUCGUUGCCAUGAAAAUCCUCAAUAGCGUUGGUCACGGCCAAUUCGAGAAAACCUGUAACACCAGCUCCCUCAUCACCGAGCUUGGCGGCAACGUCGAGUUCCGCGAGGGAUAUCCCGUGCCUACCCCAGGACAGAACGAAGUCCUCGCCAAGGUGCUCUACACCGGUGUCUGUCAGAGUGACCUCCACACCAAAAACGGCACCGCAGCCGGCCCAGACGGCCACCCCAUCACGCAGAUCAAACUCCCCCACGUCGGCGGCCACGAAGGUGUCGGCCGCAUCGUCGCCCUGGGUCCAGGCUGUGGCUCUGAUCUGCACGUCGGCGGGCUGGUGGGCAUCCGAUUCUCGAGUCGUAUCUGUCGCCGAUGCGAGUUCUGUCUUGCUGGAACAGAGCAGUACUGCGUGAAGAGCACAAACCAUCUGCACCAUGAGGACGGCAGUUUCCAGGAAUACAUCGCGCUUGACGCGGACUAUCUGACGAUUCUGCCGGAUGAUGUUGAUCCUGCCGUAAUCGGGCCGGUGCUGUGUGCAGGCGUCACGGCGUACAAGGCAGUUUUAAACGCCAACAUCCGCGCAGGCAACUGGCUCGUCGUAGUAGGUGCAGGUGGCGGGCUCGGCCAUCUAGCCGUGCAAUAUGCCAAAGCGCAGGGCGCACUGGUCAUUGGCGUCGACGCCAGCGACAAACGCGACUUCAUCCUCGGUCUGGGAGCUACCGAUGCACGGGCGUUCGCGCAUGCGUGCGAUAUGCUCCGCGUCGGGGGGACGCUGAGCUGUGUGGGGAUUCCGCCGGGUCGCCCGGUGCUGGAGACGCCCAUCUGCACGAUCGUGAUCAAGGGAUUACGAAUCAGUGGUAAUCUGGUUGGGUCGCUGAAAGAGUGUAUGGAGGCGGUGGAUCUGGUGCGACGCGGUGUGGUCAAGCCAGAAAUCAAGGUGCGCGCGUUUAGAGAAUUGCCGCAGGUGUAUGAGGAGAUGGAGAAGGGAGAUAUCGCUGGCAGGAUUGUACUCAAGGUUGCGGAAUAG